AUGUUUGCCGCAUUUCCCUCGUCUCUAAAACACUUCAAUCCACCGCAGAGUUCGAUUCCGAUUGGGGAAAAUUUCUGCCCUCCGAUUAUCAGUCAAAUCAUUUCCGCAUCACUGAGUCCCGCCCCUGAUUUUCCUUCAAAGAAGAAUCUCUAUGUGUAUCUGUGUCAUCAUCCCCUGUUGAUUGAUGCAGGUCGGAAGAGUUUCUCACUGGAAAAAUCGACUGGAAAGAAAUGCUACUUUCUAGAUGGAAGGGAUCUUAAUAUUCCAUUGGUUAAUAUACCAGAAUAUUGGGAAUGGACUUCACUACCAGAAUCCAGGUUUCCAGAGGUGGCUAAGCUCAAACAUGUUUGGUCACUUGAUAUUUGGGCUUAG